AUGUGCAUGGCACCUCCAACUAUGAGGUUGAUGGAGCCUCAUCCCAUGAAGUCGAUGCACCACCUCCAACUAGAUGACGGGGAUGACUCGUCUAGCCUUCUCCACGACGGAGUAAGCGAGCACAAUGGGCUCCUUCUGACUAAGCAGGAGCAUUUUGAAGGAUGUGUUGGGGACAUCACCUCUCACAGGGACCUGGGAUCUAGGCGGCUGACAAUCACCUAA